AUGGCUCACCUCUCGCAAAACAAAGCUGUAAAGCUCGUCAAGCAUGCCGCAGCAAACGGCUACGCAGUAUGCGCAACAUGCUGCUACAACGUCGAAGGUAUUCUUGCAUCAGUCCGUGCCGCCGAAGCCAAACGCGCGCCCUUGAUCAUUCAGCUCUUCCCAUGGGCCAUCGAAUUCGCCGACGGCAUCCUCAUCCAUGCGGCGCGCGAAGCUGCCGACAACGCAUCAGUCCCGGUCGCAUUACACAUGGACCACGCACAAACGCCUGAUAUUGUCAAACGAGCUGCAGGAUACGAGAAGGGUCUCGAUGGCAUCAUGGUCGACAUGAGUCACUACGACGACAACUUGGAGAAGACACAAGAGCUGGUCAAGUACUGCAAUGAGCGCGGAAUUGUGACAGAAGCCGAGCCAGGACGCAUAGAUGGUGGCGAGGACGGCGUAGCAGAUAUUGCAGGACUAGAAGCCAUCCUCACGACACCCGAGCAAGCAGAAGACUUCGUUGCAACCGGCAUUAACUGGCUAGCGCCGGCUUUUGGCAAUGUGCAUGGAAAUUAUGGACCACAAGGGCCUCAACUGGACUACGCGCGAUUGAAGCGGAUACAUGCUAAAGUCGGCGAUAGGGUGAACUUGGUGCUACAUGGUGCGGGCAAGGAGUGGUUCCAGGAGAAGCUCCUGAGGGAGUGCAUCGACUGCGGCAUUGCCAAGGUCAACAUUAACGAUGCGUUCAACAAUAGCUUUAUCGACAUCAUGAAGAACGAGGCCGGCAGGACGCCCAUUACAGGGCUACUUGUCAAUGCUACCAACGCUAUGCAAAAGGACAUUGAGCAGUACAUUGAAUGGAUGGGUUCAGCGGGCAUGGCAGAUAAGAUGUAGGAUGCAAAUGUAUGCAAUGGCCAAGAAAUGAAAAUCUGGAACACUUC